AUGGCAUCAAAACAUAUGAUUAUUGAUAUUAUUGAACAAUUUCUUACUUUAGAAAAUCUUGAUAUAUUCUUUGAUGAUGGCGAACUUGAUGAUGAUUAUAUGACUAUUUAUAAAGGCAUCAAAAAUAAUUGGCUAAUGGAACAUACACAUCGUCUCAAGUCACAUCAUUUCACUUGUCGACAUUCGAAGGACUUUUUUCCAUCAAUGUACUUAUCGUUUGGUGAUUGA